AUCUAGAACUGUGGCGCUGGAGAUCGAUUAUUAGAGGCGUGUGAAGAGGUGUGUUUGCCAAGCUGGACAAGGCUGGGGAGAACGGAUUCAAUUGAUAUCCAGAAAGAUGGCUGAAACAGAUGAGCGGCGGCAGGCGGCGCUUACGGAUUACAGAAAGAAACUUUUGCAACACAAGGAACUUGAUGCGAGAGUGAAGACACUCAGGGAGAGUGUGAAGACGGCCAAGAAGGAGUAUGACAAGACUGAAGACGACCUUAAAGCACUUCAAAGUGUGGGGCAGAUCAUUGGGGAAGUACUCAAACAGCUGGAUGAAGAACGAUUCAUCGUUAAAGCCAGCAGCGGCCCUCGAUAUGUGGUCGGCUGUCGCAAUAAGGUGGACAAGGCGAAGCUCAUAGCUGGCACGCGCGUCGCCUUGGACAUGACCACUCUCACCAUCAUGAGGUUUUUGCCACGGGAGGUCGACCCAGUUGUGUAUAACAUGCUGCACGAAGAUCCAGGGAAUGUCAGCUACUCGGCAAUUGGCGGAUUGAGCGAGCAGAUUCGGGAGAUCCGGGAGUCUAUCGAGCUGCCUUUGAUGAACCCCGAGCUCUUCCUUAGAGUGGGCAUCAAGCCGCCGAAGGGUGUUCUUUUGUAUGGCCCUCCGGGUACUGGCAAGACCCUUCUUGCUCGAGCUAUCGCCAGCAACAUGGACGCCAACUUUUUGAAGGUUGUUUCGAGCGCAAUUGUCGACAAGUACAUUGGGGAAAGUGCACGGCUCAUCCGGGAGAUGUUUGGGUAUGCACGGGACCAUCAGCCGUGCAUCAUAUUCAUGGACGAGAUUGACGCCAUUGGGGGCCGCCGCUUCAGCGAGGGGACGAGCGCCGAUCGGGAGAUCCAGCGGACUCUUAUGGAGCUGCUCAACCAGCUAGACGGGUUUGACCAGCUCGGAAAGGUCAAGAUGAUCAUGGCCACUAACCGACCAGACGUGCUCGAUCCGGCUCUCCUCCGCCCGGGCCGGCUAGACCGGAAGAUCGAGAUCCCGCUACCUAACGAGCAGGCCCGGGUGGAGAUUAUGAAGAUUCACGCGGCGAGCAUAACGAAGCACGGGGAUAUCGACUAUGACGCGGUGGCGAAGCUGGCCGAGAGCUUCAAUGCGGCCGACCUUCGCAACGUAUGCACGGAGGCGGGUAUGUUUGCCAUUCGGGACGAUCGGGAGUACGUGGUCCAGGAGGAUUUCAUGAAGGCUGUGCGGAAGCUGAAUGAUGCCAAGAAGCUCGAGUCAUCAGCCCACUAUAGUUCCGACUUCGGCAAGGACUAGUCAGGAUCUUGUUGCUUCAAAUCUGGACAUUUGCAGCCUGCCUGGACUGCAAUCGCUGUGCAGGCGUUCUGUCUAGCGACCACACAAAGCUUGCUAUGGCCAGGUGAAGCCUUCUGGGUCAAGUCGCAUAUGCCCACUUACCUGCAAAGCUUCUGUGCAUAUGUUGGCGCUCAAUCUGCGGCUCGCAAACGUAGAUCAUAUCUUCUCGUAUGAGCAUCUCGCUUUGAGUGAUGAUGCACAUUUGACCCCGGGCCCAGGACAAG